CUCGCCCACUGUCUAGCAGCACUCUUCUUGCAGCGCAAAAUAGCAUUAGAGUCGCUGUUACCCACACUCGUUUCUUCAUCAGCACUACGGCACCCAGAGAAGCUCAGACACGGCCAAGUAUGCGCCCUUCUGUGACAGCCUGCUUGGCCUUUUGCAUUGGAUGUUGCAUUGCCUUUCCAACGGCCUUGCAGUUCCUCCAGAUUGACCCCAAGGGCCAUGUGACCGUCAGCAAAGUCAAGCAUGAGGUGAACAAGCAAGUCGAGACAAAACGCAGGCCAAAGUCUCCUGGUCACCAUCAUCAUGUGCCUAACCAGCUCCUUGCCUCAACGCCAAGUCUUAUGCCAACUCCUAUGCCAACUACUAUGCCAACACCAACACCAGUUCCAAACAAUGAUGCACAAGUUGUCACAGGAUCCGAUCUUGGACUCAUGCGAAAAGCUGAACCUUUGUUGGUGCCAGUGCUGGCAACUGACACAAAGCCUGUUCCCGAUCCCAGCCCAGUGCUCUCUGCGCCAUCCAGCACGCCAACGCCAACGCCUUCCCUUCCGCCCUCGAAUCCUCCUGCCCAUCAUGAAGACCCCCCUAAGAACCAAGACAAAGCUGAUGGCAAUAAGGGCGGUCAUUCUCAAGCCGACACGCAAGAGUACUUGGAAUUGACCAUCGAGAACGGAGGCUCGGAAAACUUAUGGCCUGUUGCGAUUCAGCUGAGUGUAAAUGGGAACAAUGGCCUGUCGCUCAGUCGCAAUGUGCAGGAUGACAAGAUGUUUGGGUCAGAAGACCCACUCCUUCCUGGCUCAUCAACAAUUUUCAAGAUUCCAUACGGUGUCAUGCAAGUCCAGGUCAUACCACGCUUCGGAUGUGAGACUGUGAAUGGUAAGUUUACAUGCAAACAUGGGGACUGCGGAGGAGCUCGGUGCCCGGAAGGCUUCGUUCAGACCCAAGAUCCAGUCACUAGAUUUGAGCUUGGCUGGUGCGACCCGAAGAACAAGUACGUCGCUGGUAGCAUCGCGUAUGAUAUCAGCAACAUUGACGUCCAGCCUUCUGGACGCGUCGGUGUGUCUGUGCAGGGCGGCCCAGGCGAUAACUGCCCGACCAAGUCUUGUUCUCGAGAAGGGUGUGGAGUCUCAGAUGCUUGGCUUUCGGCGUCAGAUGUAGGCAUCGGCUCACCAGCAGACACCGUUUGCAAGACAAAAUCCCUAAGGGUGCGUUUCGACUGACAUCAAAAGUCUCUGGCAGAUGAUACAUCCAGCUUCUGACAUCGUUCUAGGGUGUCAGAUCCAUUCCACAGUCGUAGCAACCUUCCUUAUAGUCUGCCUAAUCUAUUCAAAGCUUGCGCCCUUGACUAUCGAGCAUGAUGUUUUAUUGCAAC